AUGCUGAAAAAUAACGUCUACCACCAGACAAUCGUAGACAAGAGGGCAGACCUCGAGAUGUUGCAAGAGUUCCGCCAGCUCACGGCCGAAUUGGCUACCAACUUGGAACUGGUAGGCGACAAGCUCGAGCACAUGAAAGGAGGAACUGAGAGUGUGGCACUCAUCUUGGCCAAUUGGCAAAAUGUGGUGAAAUCGAUCUCAUUGGCAUCAUUGGGAUUGAUGAAGUAUAGUGAGAGUGACUACGAGUCACGAGCACCUUUACCGGAAGCUUUGGUACGGAUUAAGUUGGACAAGGAAGAACAAGAAGAAGAUACCAAUGAAUGA